AUGGACAGUAGCUGCCACAACGCGACUGCCAAAAUGUUAGCGACUGCUCCGGCCCGGGGCAACGUGAUGAACACCUCCAAACCCUUGGCUUUCUCCAUCGAAAGAAUCAUGGCACGCACCCCCGAGCCCAAAGCCCUGCCCGUCCCCCACUUCCUGCAGGGAGCCAUGCCCAAAGGGGACCCCAAGCACUCGCUGCAUCUUAACUCGUCGAUCCCCUGCAUGAUUCCCUUCGUGCCUGUGGCGUACGACACGAACCCCAAGGCGGGGAUGACGGGCUCGGAGCCCCGGAAGGCGAGUCUGGAGACUCCGGGGGCCCCGGCCGCAACACCCGCGGCGCCCGCGUUCAGCUGUAGCGACCUGCUCAACUGCGCGCUGAGCCUCAAGAGUGACCUGGCCCGCGACGCGCUGCCGCUGCAGCAGUACAAGCUGCCAAAAACGUAUUUAGCCGAAAGGAAUAAACUGGUGGUCCCGUCGGUGGAGAAGUACCCCUCGGGAGUAGCUUUCAAAGACUUGUCUCAGGCUCAGCUGCAGCACUAUAUGAAAGAAAGCGCCCAGCUUCUGUCGGAAAAAAUAGCAUUCAAAACCUCUGACUUCAGCCGAGGCUCUCCAAACACCAAACCCAAAGUUUUCACUUGCGAAGUGUGUGGAAAGGUCUUUAACGCGCACUAUAACUUAACCCGUCACAUGCCGGUGCACACAGGAGCCAGACCCUUCGUUUGCAAAGUGUGUGGAAAGGGCUUCAGGCAAGCCAGCACCCUGUGCAGACACAAGAUCAUCCACACCCAGGAAAAACCCCAUAAAUGUAACCAGUGUGGCAAAGCGUUUAAUAGAAGUUCUACUUUAAACACGCAUACCCGAAUACACGCAGGCUACAAACCGUUUGUGUGUGAAUUCUGUGGCAAAGGAUUUCAUCAAAAAGGGAAUUACAAAAACCACAAGCUGACCCACAGCGGGGAGAAGCAGUUCAAGUGCAAUAUUUGCAACAAGGCUUUCCACCAGGUUUACAACCUCACGUUCCACAUGCACACGCACAACGACAAGAAGCCCUUCACCUGCCCCACGUGCGGCAAGGGCUUCUGCCGGAACUUUGACCUCAAGAAGCACGUCCGGAAGCUACACGACAGCGGCCUGGGGCUGCCGCGCGCGUCGGCUGGGGAGCCAGGUGCCGACCCGUCGCCCCCUCUCCAGCCGCCGCCGCCGCCGGCGACGCUGCAGCCUCUGGCGGCUCUGCCGCCGCCGCUGCCGCCCCCGGGGCCCCUGCAGCCUGGGCUCCAUCCGGGCCACCAGUGA